GUUUCUCUUAGCUUUGUAGACGUUCAUUCCUUCAUUUACACCAUCAUAAAUAUUUUUUAAUUUGAAAGUCAUUCGUUCAUAAUGUUAAGAGCCACACGCGUCUUGUUGUCCUCCGGAACCCUGGUUCAUAAGAGUCUUGACUCAACUACUCUCCUUCAUCGAUCAAGCCCUGCUGAUGCUGUCAACCCUGCUGAGUUAUUUGAGCCUGUUAAAAAGGCUGUCCUUAUUGGUAUUCCUGGAGCUUUUACUCCUGGGUGCUCAAAGACCCACGUUCCUGGCUAUUUGAAGUAUUAUGAUGAGCUAAAAAAUAAGGGUGUAGAUCUCAUUGGCUGCGUUUCCGUGAAUGACUCAUAUGUCCUAAAUGCCUGGAGUAAGCAUCUGGAGGUCGGGGAUAAAAUCACAAUGUUGGCCGAUCCUCAAGGCAACUUUGUCAAGGGACUUGGACUAGACUUUGAUGCCUCUGCUGCCCUUGGUGGACGCCGCUCCAAGCGGUUUGCAAUGAUCUUGGAGAACGGUAGAAUUACAAAGUUGUUUGUGGAGCCUAACAACACCGGGCUGUCUGUCUCUUUAGCUGAGAAUUUGAUAAAAGAGCUCUAAGCUGUGCUCUUAAAACACAGGGAUAAUAAUUAUUCUAAUUUGCUGCGGCGACAAAGGAAACACAUCUUGUCAAAAAUCUUUAGCCUGGAGGAAAUAAAUAUCGAUUCUUAAACUCUGC